AGUGUUUUCUAAUUACUGUACAUAAUUACUAGUACAUCAAAAUAUUGAUGGCAAAGCAAGUGGGGGUGUGUGUGUGCGGUGGGAAUGAUGAGGUUAAGGCUAAAAUUUGUGUGUAAUUUUUUUUGGUUUAUGUAUAAACAAACAUAAACAUUGGACAGAUGUAAAUGUUAUUGUGGGCACACAGAUACAUACACAAACACAUGCCUCAUUCUUCAACUUCACAAUCACACACCAAUUCCAUUGAUAAACACCUAACCCACCAUCCCUUAUCUCAUCUUCAUUUUCACCUUCUGCAAUUUCAACAACCCAAAUCAAAAAAAUUGAUUUUUCAAACACCCUUUUGCUUACUUUUUAUUUUUUCUUUAUUGGGUUGUUAUUUAUUUGAUCUCAAAGUUCAAUUGCAGAAGGGUUAUUUAUUUAUAUGGUUUUUCUUCUGGAUUCUUCUGGUUCUAGCCUCCUUUGGCCAUGAAUUGGUAAUUCGCUAUGGAUUGUUUGGGCUUCAUCUGCUGCCGAUAUGGAGAUCGUGAGAUUUGUUCCGUUUGCAGUUCUUGGAUAUAUAUCAUCAUGCCCUGCAAAAGAAAUGAUGAUUGCAAUAUCUCAAACAUGGACUUCUCUGCUAUAAAUACAUAGCAUAGUAUGAAAUUCUUAUAGGUUUAGAAUUACUUGAUUGGUAUGAUAGCAUUCCAAUUGUAGUUGUUAAUAGGUAGCAUGAAUAGUUGAAGAGUGAACCUGGUAGGAUUGUAGUUGUUAGUUGAUGUAGUGCGUUUUAGCGUGAUAGUCUGGUAAACUGGCAUGCGGUGAAAUGAACAUUUAAGACCUUGGCGAAGGAUCACAUUGAUAAUUUCAAGCAAGUUUUUCAUCUUUUUAGCAAUAGACCAAGUUCAGGAUUUAGUGACUUAAAUAUUAAGGAUGGGUUUGCCACAAAUACCCUCAAGUGAAGCUGCUGAAAAGGUUCAGCUUUUGGGGGUAGCUUCAAAUAGCUCGCCUCAGUUUUCGGAUGCAAGCCCCACUUCUAUAAGCAGCAUGAAUAGUGUAAACACUCACGGGUAUACUGCGUGUACCCUUGGAUCCUCAUUUGAUGAUUUUCCCAAGAAUGCCUCAUUGGAAAUGUCAAAUGUUUCUGAUAACACAUUUUAUAGAGGAGCCAUGGAAGUCACUUCCAAUGUCCACAGUUUAAAGAUUGGUUCGUCUGAUAGAAAUACUCUUUCUGCUUCAAAAAGUGAACGAAGGGUUCAAACUCCUGCUUCCAGGGUUGUUGGUUUUGAAGCAGGCAGAACAAGUUCUUUAAUUGAUGGAAUCGCUGAAGUUCCAGCCAAUGACGCUGAAACUGCCACUUCAUUGGUCAGGAAACGACUUUUAUCUCCACUAAGCAGUAUGCUCUCCCCGAGUCAUUUCAAAGGCGAUUCUCUUGACAUAGGAAGCAGAAAUAAUGAGGCUUUUUCCCUCGUUAAGAAUGAAGAUAUCAGAAAGUCCACUGCACAAGAUAAUAAGAAGGCAAAUAUUGGAUGUAAAAGCAGUUAUACAAUGCCUUCUUGGUCCUUAACAAAUUGCUUUGAGCAGAAAAACAUACAACAAAGUAGAGAAUCCCUUUUUCAAACUGAUGGUCCUUUGCUAGAAAAUAGAGGCUUCAUAUCCCAGGGUAGUUCACCAACUCUUAGAAUUGAACACCUAAGAGAAUCAAGUAUCUUGGUUAGACCUCAAAGUGGCAUAAUAGCUGUAUCUCCUGUGAGCUCUCCUCUUUCGUUGUCACCUCUUGGUCCUAGAUUUUCCGAAAGAAUGAAAACUGCUGCAAGAUGCAGGAGUGUCACCGAAGAGAUAAAGAAUUGCAAUAUAACUUUAAGGAGUGAAGAAGAACCACUAGACAAUUCUAGUUCAUACCUUUUGUUAAAUAAUAAAGACGAUGAUUUAGAAAUUUCACAUACAUCUUUUGAGGAUGUUGAAUUCUCGUUUAAAGAAUUUUGUCCAUCUUCUCUGGAUGAAAUUUCUUGCAUGAAUUGGCCAGUUUCUCAAGAAUCAGCUCCCAUCUCUAACUCCAUGAGGUUCACUAGAAGUUUGAGUGGACUUUCAGUCAGGAGGUCUUUGGUUGGUUCAUUUGAGGAGUCUCUUUUAUCUGGCCGGUUCAUCUCCGGAAACCAUAGUAAGAAACUCGAUGGUUUUCUGGCUGUGUUAAGUAUUUCUGGGGGAAACUUCUCUCCUAAAUCACAGAAGCUUCCAUUUUCUGUUACUAGUGUGGAUGGAGAUUCCUAUCUAUUGUAUUAUGCAUCCAUAGAUCUUGCGGGAAAUUCUUCAUCAAACAAGUUUAGAGGCCAACUUCUGAAACGAGGGUCUAGAAAUGAUGAUUCACAAAGUGUCAAAAGCCGUUUCCGUAUACCAAUGAAAGGAAGAAUUCAGCUGGUGCUAAGCAAUCCAGAAAAGACUCCUCUUCACACUUUCUUUUGCAACUAUGAUUUGAGUGACAUGCCAUCUGGUACCAAAACAUUCUUGCGCCAGAAAAUCACUCUUGAGUCUUCUAGCUCAACUUCUCCUCAGUUGAAAAACAGUUCAUCCGGUUUGGGCAGUGGAAAUGAGAAGGGGAUUCCACUAGUGCAAAAGAAUCAGGACAUCCCGUGUAGUGGGGAAGUAAUGCACUCAGAUGCAGUUGAUGUUGAAAGUAAAACAAAAUCUGAAAAUCAAAGAAACAUACUAAACAAAGAGGAUUCUUUCAAGAAAUCUCCGGACAUGAAAAUACUGGGAGUACCUUCCUCAGUAAAGCUUGAUCAUGGAAGUUUAACAGAUGAAUGUGAGAAGACCGAAAGAAAGGAGUCCUGGGAGAAAACAUGUGAUGAAUCAGGGAAGUCGUUAAAUUCUAGUAGUGCUGGCCCACUUCGUUAUGCUCUACACCUUCGCUUUAUCUGCCCUUCUCCUAAGAAGUGCAGUAAAUCAGUUAAAAAAAGCAGUUUUAGUUUUCCAGAAAAAGCAGGAUUGGACAAUGAAGGAGAACGGAGAUUCUACUUGUGUAAUGAUUUAAAGGUUGUGUUCCCUCAGCGUCAUUCAGAUGCUGACGAGGGAAAGAUGAAUGUGGAAUACCAUUUCCCUGAAGAUCCAAGAUACUUCGACCUCAACUGAAAAUUGUAGUUUACAUCCUCCUCUUCCUCAAAAGCAUGCUGCUUUUGCUGACCCUCUUGUACAUAGUUUACAUGCUGCUGGCCUUUACUUGAGGCCAUUGUCCUUCAAAAAUAGCACUGACCCUCUUCCUCUUGUAAAUACUUCAACAAUGUCAAUAAUUUAAUGGGUUAACUAUUGUCAAUUGCUUAAA